AGUUGGAAAGAGAACAAACAGAUCUGGGACCAGGCUAGACAACUACAGUAUAUAGUGAUCAAUGGAGUUGGAAAGAUAACAAACAGAUCUGGGACCAGGUUAGACAACUACAUAGUUACAUUUGAAAAUGUUUCAUUUGCUAUUUUAAUUUGAACCUUUUUCCCAGAAGAAGAGGUCUGUGUCCAACACAUUUCAUUUUACACAGAGUUGUGGCUAAUCCAAGGUUGAGUUGUCAGAGGAGGUUGAUAAUAGUGACACCCAAUCAGAUUUCAGCCUCUGCCUGUCCUGAGGUGAAUUACUCCUCUCAUUGGCUAGAAAUGACUAGUUACAGGUGAAACGAAACUUAACUCUGACUAUAAGGUGCAGCACAUAGCUUCAGCUCUCACAGUCACAACAGGGGACAAUUAACAGACACGUGCAACUACACUAAAACAGAGAUGGAACGAGGAAGAGGGACUCUGAAGAUUCUGUUCCUGUUGACACUCUGUCUGCAAGCCUUCACUGGUCAAUGCCAAGAUUCAGGGCAUCCCUCUGAUCUGAGGAUAGUUCUGGUGGGGAAGACUGGAUCAGGGAAGAGUGCAACAGGAAACACCAUCCUGGGGAGGGAGGGGUUUAGAGUGGGGGCUUAUCCAGUGUCUGUGACUACACAGAGUGAGAAACAGAGUGGGGAGGUGGAUGGGAGGAAGAUUGAUGUCAUCGACACCCCGGGGCUCUAUGACACAACAAUGUCUCAAGAAGAGAUGAAAAGUGAAAUAGAAAAGGCCAUCUACAUGUCAGUACCAGGACCCCAUGUGUUCCUGCUGGUGAUCAGACUGGGGAGGUUCACAGAGGAGGAGCAGAACACUGUGAAGUGGAUCCAAGAGAACUUUGGAGAAGAUGCCUCAAUGUACACCAUCAUUCUGUUCACUCAUGGAGAUCAACUGAAGGACAUGUCAUUGGUGGACUUUCUAAGUGAUAGUGAGGAGCUUAUGAAACUCAUCAAGGUCUUUAAGGGCAGAAAUCAUGUCUUCGAUAAUAACAAGAAGAAUGACAACACUCACGUCCCAGAGCUGCUGAAGAAGAUAGACAGGAUGGUGAUGAAGAAUGGAGGACAACACUACACCAAUGAGAUGUACCAGGAGGCCCAGAGGAAGAUCAAACAAGAGGAGGAGAGGAAGAAACAGCAGGAGAGAGAGGAGGCGAUGAGGAAGAUGGCAGAGGAGAGCCUGAAAAAUGUAAUGGACAUAUCAGGAAAACUUGUGGGAUUGUUAGCAACUGGUAUCACAGCGCUGGUUUCAGGUCCAGCAGCUAUCGCAGUUGGAGUUGCUGUACUUGCAAAAGAGGCAGUUGACAAUCAUUACAAUUCCAAUUUAAGUAAAGAUGAGGAAGAGUAGGCAGUGUGAAGUACCACUCUCUUCCUCAUCUUAAUGUCAAGUAGUAGCAGUAGAAUAUAUUAAUACUGUACAAUGACAACCAUCAUUGUUUGAUUGUUCAACACUUUCUAACAUGAUCAGUUAUUUACCAUGUUUAUUAUUCAAAGUCUUAGGGAUAAUAACAUACUGUAGGAUGACAUUUAUAAUUCAACAAGAACAAACAGACAGAAAAUCUGAAAUCAUGUUUCAUAAACUGAAAGAUAGUUAAUAAGUUAGAAUUGGUAAAGACAUUCUAGGUAUCUAGAUAUCUACAGUAUUGAUGUAUCUACCUACCCUCCCUGGUCUGUGUUCUCUCUCUACCCUCCCUUUCUGGUCUGUGUUCUCUCUCUAGUCUCUCUCUACCCUCUCUUUCUGGUCUGUGUGCUC